GAUCCCACUGGAAGGCCUCGUCCUCGUCCAAAUUAGGCCCACAAGUAGGUGUCCGGAGCUUACAAGCGAAGCGAAGCUGCGGUUUCAAGCGGCCGCCGGCUAAUCCUUGCGCCGCCGCCGCCCGCCGCCCGCCGCCAUGAUUCACCUCCGGAGGAGCUUCCUUUCUCGCCUCCUCCAUCCACCGUGUCCCACCCCGGCCAAUCCCCUCCCCCUCCACCGCCUCCUCUCCAGCGCUGCCGCCGCCGCGCCCAUCCCCCCGGAACCCUUCGCCGUCGAGGACUACCUCGUCGACUCCUGCGGCCUGACGAGAGCCCGAGCCAAGAAGGCCUCCGGGAAGCUCUCCCACCUCAGGUCCCCCUCCAACCCCGAUGCCGUCCUCGCCUUCCUCUCCGGCCUCGGCCUCUCCCGCCCGGACAUCGCCGCCGUGGUCGUCAACGACCCGCUCUUCAUCUGCGCCAGGGUGGACAAGACGCUGGCCACCCGCGUCGCCGAGCUCACCGACCUCGGCCUGUCCCGCUCCCAGAUCGCGCGCCUCAUCCCGGUGGUCCGCAGCCUCUUCCGCUGCAAGUCGCUCGCCCCAAGGCUCGCCUUCUUGCUCACCGUGUUUGGCUCCUUCGACAGGUGCCUCGAGGUUAUCAAGACCAACUAUGGCGUCCUUAGCUCCAACGUUGAGGCGGUCAUCAAGCCCAACCUCGCCGUACUCAAGGAAUGCGGGAUAUCUAUAGCGGAUAGGCCCUCAUACGCGUUCGCAUCGCGGGUGAUCAGCAGGCCUACUAAGCACCUGGAAGAAGCUGUGGUGCUUGCUAACGAGUUUGGAGCUAAGCAGGGAACUCGGGUGUUUACUAAUGCGGUCAUGAUUUUUGGAAUCCUCGGACAGGAGAAGCUCGCCAAGAAGUUGGAGUUCUUCAAGAAGCUUGGUUGGUCACAGGACGAUUUGUCAUUGGCGGUGAGGAGCAUGCCACACAUCCUAGCCAUGAAGGAAGAAAGGAUGCGUCGAGGUAUGAAGUUCUUGACCGAGGAUGUUGGUCUAGAGAUACCAUACAUUGCACGAAGGCCUGCACUCACGAUGUAUAGCAUUGAGCGCCGGUUGUUGCCACGGCAUUGCUUGAUCAAUGUUCUCAAGGGGAACGGAUUGCUCAAGGCCAAUUAUGACUUCUAUAAUAUCUCUGUGAUUAGCAACGAUGAUUUCAUGGAAAAAUUCGUGCAACCAUAUGUGGAGAGUGUUCCAGGCCUUGGUGAUGCAUAUGCUUCUAGCUGUACUGGAUGUGGAGUGCACCAGUUGAAGCUGCUCUCAAAGCGUAAGACAAAGUGCUGAUGUUUCUUCUAGUAAUACCAGCAAGUUGGGACAAUUUUAAGGUUAGUUUAUCACUUUGAUUCAUUCACUUCAGGAGCCAAAUGAAAUUGGGCUUUGCUCUCAACAAGCCAAACUAAGAUUUGGUCUUGAUUAAUGGUGUCACUAUGCCAUUCAAAGACUGAACUUUCUAUUAAAUGGAUUAGAUGAAUCUUAAUGGAUUGAGCUGACAUAUUUUGUAGCACUAAGUCGAUCGAAUUGCUAUAGACUUUUGUCACUGUUGCUUGGAUUUACAGUAUAUGGUUCAGUAACAGUGUGUUGAAUAUUUAGGGAUCAAAUUCCCUUGUUAUUUCUGUUGCAUUUAUUCCAUCGUUAUCUGAGGUAAAUUUGAUUUGGUUCUUCCAGGAAACUAAAUAUAACAUAUGCUUGAAAGUUGAAACUCGUUUUCUUAAUGUAGAGUUCUGAUCCUAAAAUCUUGUUUUGAGCUAUUCCAAAUAGAUCUGAGAAUAGAUUACUUUGUACCACACAAAUACACGAGAACACGACCACAAAACUGUAGAUCUGGAGAAGACAAUUGGGUGUUGUACAUCAGUUCAUUUACUACAGUACAGUUUCUAAGAUGCUAGCCAGUAACACCAACCAUCUGCUAUGGUGUUUUAACUUUCGUGAUCUAUGUGUGUGCCAUAUUUUUGACAGUGUGCUGCAAUUUUGUAAGAAACUUCCAGUUUCCCUCACGUAUUACUCUGAAUUUAUCCUUGAAGGAGGGAUGUCUACAAUUUCCUCUUGGAUAUCUGAUGACAAAUGAAUGUGCUGUCCUAUUGAUUUUUAUUGUUGCUAAAUGGCUGGCAGAGAUUGCUGUUGACAAAUCCAAUAUUGACAGUAGUGAUUGACCUGAGUAAACAGCCCAAAUUAGUGUCUUUUAGAAAUUAUUGAUAACAUGGAUUCUUUCAUUUUUCUUUCUUUACGAGCUUCUAAACCAUCAUAAGGUAGGCUUGAGAGCAGCACCAAUCAAUAGGUUAUACAUGGUUCAUGGAUUUUCAGCCACAGCCUAUUUUGUUGAUCGUUCAAAUAGUUAGUUUUUCGGGGGUGCUUCUGGUGUUAUGUAAGACUGUAAUGCCUAACAGAACUCACUAUUUGGUUCCUGCCUGCUCUGUGGUCAAAGAUUCUGCUUUAUCUGGUUCAGACAUUAAAGUUGAAACAAAGAAAUUGCUACAUGUUAACAGCUUCCUUUUUCAUCUGUUUCAACUUUCAAGUUUGUUUUAAUUUCUUCUUUUGUAAAUCAUCGAAUUGGUGUAUGUGCGUCCCUUGGGUGUCAGGAUGGUUGGAUGUAUUAGACCUUGAAAAGUAGUUUACUUAUUCUUUACGUUAUUAGGUGUUCUUUUAUAAUCUUAUGUGCGCCCUUAUGGCAAGAGUUUCUGGGCCUGGCUAUCAACCUAUGCUUCUGCAUCUGCUGGACUUGAAAUGCUCCAGUUGAAGCAGUUCUUGAAGAACACAAAGGUGAAGAGGAUGUUCCGAUGCUUCUUCUAGCAGUGUACCAGCAACCGGGAACAAUUCAUAGGUUAGCUGUUCCCUUCAUUUAUUCUCUUUAGGAACUAAUUAUGUUUAUGGAAAUUAACCUUUGCUAUACACAAGCCGAACAGAAAUUUCGCAAAGUCUCUUCAAGAAUGUCACAUGCCAAUCAAUGAUUGAAUACUUAAUUAGAUGCAUUAGUUAGAUUAAUUGCAAUGAGGUGAACUGAAGUAUCCCUUCUUCUUGCACAAAUCUUGUCAGUCUGUUGUUACUCUGUCACUGUUUCCCUCUAUUUAUGCCAUGCAACAUUGGAUUGUUGAGCAUUCAGCAAUCAAAUUCCAUUGCCAUUUUUCAUGAACUUAUUUCCUCUUACUUGAGGUUAAUUCAGUGUUCUACUGGAAAAUUAACUUUAUGAAAUGUGAAAGCAAACCCUUUAUCGUAGAGUUUUGAUCCAAACCCUUAUCUGGAGCUGUUCCAUACAGAUUUAGGAAAAUAUUUCUGUGUAACACUAUCAGGCACAAGUCGCACCACAAAACAAGAGUUUGGAGAAGAGAAUUGGGUGUUGGACAUCAAGGGAUACUAAGGUGUCUAAAGUAGUCUUUUAGUGCUUCUAACUACUCUUAGUUUGAGAAGAGAAUUGGGUGUUGGACAUCAAGGGAUACUAUGCUGUUUUAGUUUGAGUCCCUGAAUGAAGAGGUCUUCUUUCUGUUAGUUAGCUGCAAUUUAUUGCAGUGCUGGAACUUCUAGUUUCUUUCACAAAUAACCUACUGAUAUUUAUCCUUGAA